AUGUUCAAGUCUGUUGUUUAUUCAGUUUUAGCCGCUUCUUUGGUUAAUGCAGGCACAAUCCCUCUAGGUAAGAUGGCCGACAUUGCCAAGAUUGGUACACAAGAAGAUAUCUUCCCAUUCUUGGGUGGUGCCGGUCCAUAUUUCUCUUUCCCUGGAGAUUACGGUAUUUCUCGUGAUUUGCCUGAAGGUUGUGAGAUGAAACAAUUGCAGAUGAUUGGUAGACAUGGUGAAAGAUACCCCACUACUAGUAAGGCUAAGUCUAUCUCUAAAACAUGGUAUAAGCUAAGUAACUAUACCCGCCAAUUCAACGGCACGCUCUCAUUUUUGAAUGAUGACUACGAAUUUUUCAUUCGUGACGCUAACGAUUUGGAAAUGGAAACUACUCUUGACAACUCAGUCGAUGUUUUGAACCCAUACACUGGUGAGAUGAAUGCCAAGAGACAUGCUCGUGAAUUUUUGGCACAAUACGGUUACAUGUUGGAAAACAAAACUAGCUUCCCAGUGUUUGCCUCCAGUUCUGAGAGAGUUCAUGAUACCGCUCAAUAUUUCAUUGACGGUUUAGGUGACCAAUUCAACAUCUCCUUACAAACUGUUAGUGAAGAUGAAUCUGCUGGUGCCAACACUUUGAGUGCUGGUUAUGCAUGCCCUGCUUGGGAUGAAGACGCCAACGAUGACAUUUUGGAAAAGUAUGAUACCACAUAUUUGGACGACAUUGCCAAGAGAUUAAACAAGGAAAACAAGGGUUUGAACUUGACCUCAACUGAUGCUAACACUUUGUUUGCAUGGUGUGCAUACGAAUUAAAUGCCAGAGGUUACAGUGAUGUCUGUGAUAUCUUUACCAAAGAUGAAUUGGUCCGUUAUUCCUAUGGCCAAGACUUGGUCUCCUUCUACCAGGAUGGUCCAGGUUAUGAUAUGAUCAAAUCUGUUGGUGCCAACUUGUUCAAUGCUUCUUUGAAGUUGAUGAAACAAAGCGAAGUCCAAGACAACAAGGUUUGGUUGAGUUUUACCCAUGACACCGAUAUUUUGAACUAUUUAACUACGAUAGGUAUUGUUGACGACAAGAACAAUUUGACCGCUGAGUACGUUCCAUUCAUGGGCAACACUUUCCAUAAGUCCUGGUACAUUCCUCAAGGUGCCCGUGUUUACACUGAAAAGUUCCAAUGUUCCAAUGACACCUAUGUCAGAUACGUCAUCAACGACGCUGUCGUGCCACUCGAAUCCUGCUCCACUGGUCCAGGUUUCUCUUGUGAAAUAAAGGACUUCUACGACUACGCUGAAAAGAGAGUGGCCGGUACUGAUUUCCUAAAGGUCUGUAACGUCAGCAGUGUCAGUAACGUCACUGAAUUAACAUUCUACUGGGACUGGAACACCACCCAUUACAAUGGUACUCUACUAAAGCAAUAG